CGGCAUCUGAAAAGUAUUUUCAAUCGGACAGAGCGAGAGACAAAGACACCGAGAGAAAUUAGAGAGGGCGAGCGGGAGGCAAAUCGGAUUAGCAGAACGCAGUUUAUCCAAGCAGCAGUUUCACUACGAUCUAGAUGGAUGCGUGGAGGCGCACUCGUGCUUUUGUGCUUAACUCUUUUUAACCUAACUCUAACGAGAAGCGCAACUUCUGCCUUUCUAGCCUACGAAUACUUUGGACAUAACGUUUUGGUUUCAAUUCGGUAGAGUAGGCUAACGGGGAGUAGGUAUGAAACUCGGACCAAACGUGUAGUCUGUUGAUGUUUUUGCUGUUCUCGUCGUAAACUGGGGCAAAAUGGAUUAUAACCCAUGUGUAGCCUAAUAUUACGCGGAGUUGAUACCCGGACAGAGGACUCAACGGUUUGAAACAUUACAUGUCCUUUUCUAGGGGAGCGCAUGAUGCUGGAAUAUCCGGGUAGAAUAUCCCGGUGUGGCAGGAACUCGCUUGGUUUGACCGAAUCAUGUUUUUUUAUCAAGUCAUCCAUUUGUCUAUUACUUUUCAACUUUGAGAAGUUGGACUCUCGGCGUUGAUGUUGGUGAAGUCCUCGCCGGCGUCCCACCACCAGCGUUCCUUCCCCCCGAGGACACUGUCUUAGGGGGUUAGAUGGUGCUGAUCACCGACGACAGGGAUGGAGGAGGCUCCUCUUCUGUUCGAGUUAAACCGCUUCAGCAGAGUCCUAAAGCCGCCGCACAGGUCCACCCGGCCAUAGCCGAGGAACCACCGUCCUUCUCGGAUGAUGACUACCUGGGAUCCUGCGAGUCCGAGGGAGAGGAUGACGACUUUGAAGAAUAUGACAACUUUGAGGACUUUCCGGAUACAAGGAGUAUUGUGUCGGACGAUUCGUUCUACCCACCGGACGAUGUUUUCGCGGACUCGGAACGGUCACUAUCUCCAGACAGUCCUGAGCCGCUGUCGUUCUUUCAAGCGUGCCGCACAAACAACGCAACGAUUGUCCGGCUCAUGAUAAGACAAGGCGUUAGAGAGGAGGAAGUUAGAGAGAUGGAUAAAAAUAACAGGACAGGAUUGAUGGUGGCGUGUUACCAGGGCUACGUGGACGUGGUCAUCGCUCUGUCUCAGUGUCCUCACCUGGAUGUGAACUGGCAGGACCACGAGGGAAACACCGCCCUCAUCACUGCCGCACAGGCAGGACACAUCAUGAUCAGUAACUACCUGCUGAACUACUUUUCUGGGCUGGACGUAGAGAGGAGGAACUGUCACGGCUUCACGGCUCUCAUGAAGGCAGCCAUGCAGGGGAGAGUGGAGUGCGUUUGCGCCCUGAUGAUGGCAGGAGCGGACGCGUACGCCAGGGAUUUCGGGAGGGGCCUGACCCCGAGGGAGUGGGCGUGGUUCACGGGCAGGUACGACACGGCGUGGGUGAUGACGCGCCUGCAGACGCGGCCCUGCCCGCACCAGAUGUGUGACGCCUACAGUCCAGAGUGGCCUCACCUCGCCGCCCUGGUGGCCAAAGCCAAGGAGCCGCGUGGUUGUCUCAAGCGUCUGUCCGACACGGUCCGCGGCGCUCUCAACUUCGCCAACGUCACCGAGCCCACGGAGGACGGCGUCCUCGACCACCUGGUCACCGUGACGACAGCCCUGGGGAGCCCCUUCGUGGCCGUGGCGUGUCGCACGGUGUGCCCCGACAGCCCGCCGUGCGUGGGCAGACGCCGCCACGCCGUCCCCGAGAUCCUCCGGCGCCAGCGUGCCAAGGAGCUCCACGCCCUCAACCCCGAGCGGAUCGACCACCACCACAAACUCUUCCAGAACGCCCGCGUCACCCUGCUGCCCAGGCCCCCUCGCGACCGCCGGGCCAGCCUGCAGGCGCAGUCCCUCAGCCCCAGCGCCUCCAACCCCAACCUGGGCCUCCUGGCAGCCAGCUCCUCCCAGGCCCUGCGUAGAACCAGCCUGCUGCCCCUCAACAUGGUGAGGCGGAGCAGCGUGCGCCCGGGCCUGUCCGUGCCCAAGGUGCGGAUCUGCAAGGCGCCCACGCCCACCUACGAGCCGGAGCGGGUGAGGAGGAAGAGCAGCGCCAAGGAGGGGAACCACCUGCUCCAGAUCCCCAAGUGGAGGUACAAGGAGCUGAAGGAGGAGAGGAAGAAAGCAGAAGAGGCAGAGCGGAGGAGGCUGGAGGCCGCCACCAAGAAACACCUGGCUGCCGGGAAGAGGAAAUGACAUCACGAGGAAGCACAAGGAAAGAGGUGACCAGGACAUAGGACUAGAGGGUCUUUGAUACUUGAAACGCUUAUUCGAUAACUUAUUUGGGGUAUUUAUUCCCGUUGAUUUUGUUCUUCCUCUCGUUUUUAUAAAUGUGCUUUAUUUUGUACUGCUUAUGAUUCAGGGGAUCAGAAAGAUGUUUUUGGAUACAAUCCGUCGUCUUGAUCAAGGAAACCUGUUUGGUGAGCUGCUUUCCUGUUGGUUUACACUCCAGUGUGAGAGUGUGGAGGGUAGAUUUCCAGGACAAGGGUGGAAAGCCCCUGUCUUGACUCUGAGGUUAAAAACACAAACAAUCACUGAGAAGUGAACAGAAACAGAUAUACCUGUAUCGAACUCUAACACUCGUAAAAUAGUCGAUCAAAAAGCAUGUUGAAUUGAAUUAAUGUGCUUGGGGUUCUGUCUUUAAAACAAGAACUGAACAUUCCUGUAUGUCAUAUUGACUGAAAGUGAAAGAUAAGCUUAAAGACUAGUAACUUUUACCUGAGCAAUAACUAUUGUUUUUAUUUUGUAUCUCGCUUUAAUAUUAUAAUAGCAGCUAUUUUCUCCGCAUUUUUUAAAGAGCAAUCGUAUGAAUGUAUUUUGCAUCUAGAAUGUACCUAAUCAGGCAUUUUUUUUAGAUACGAAGAUGGCUUUUAUUUUCUACUACAAUAUAUUUUAUUUUGACACUUAAAAUGUGAAAUGUAUUUUUCUUAAUUAAAAAUGCAUUCCAAUGCUACACACUGUUGUAAUCAUACACUAUAUCUACUGUUGGAUUUUGGGAGACAACUGGAAUUAUAUUCUAACUGUUUAUGUUAUUACUGUAAUGUCAUAACUGUACAUACUAGCUGUACGUUAUAACUGUUUACAUUAUGAUGUUAUAACUCUUUACGGUACAGCUCAGUGGGAUUCUACUCUGGCGUUAAUAAAUAUUGUAAAACGGCUUGUUUUACUUUGGA